CCCAGGUCGCGCGCCUUUCACAUGCACAGCUGAAGCAAACAACAUGGCAUCUGCGAACGACUCGGUUAAUGAGCAUGAAAAGGAGCUUGUAGGGUGGUUUUAUCCACCCGACAAGCUCAAAUCAGAGGCAUAUGUGUCUAGUAUGGAUCAAUAUAAGGAAACGUAUCAAAAAUCGAUCGACGAUCCCGCAAGUUUCUGGGGAGACAUUGCUAACGAGUUCCACUGGAAAAUCCCGCCAAACCAAGAGAAAUUCAUGGACUUUAAUUUUGACACACGAAAGGGAAACGUGUCUAUUAAAUGGAUGGAAGGAGCUGUUACCAACAUUUCUUACAAUAUGCUGGACAGAAAUGUGGAAAAAGGUCUGGGAGAUAACGUGGCAUUUUACUGGUAAGACUAACCAAUAUCUUUGUCAUAAUUUUCAUUGUUUGUGGACACAAUUGAAUGGAACGGAACGGAAAAUCACGAAAAUCCGCUUUUGAGGGGAAAUUUAAUGCCUUGAUAUUGCAAGACGGUGAACUUGACUAGGUUUCUCUGUGCAAAAACCAUAAAGCUUAUUUUAUAUUUCACGUGAAGAAGUAAGGUUAAUCUUUCCACCUGACGCGGGUGUAAUGCAAAGGAUGUCAUGCUCCGACGCGAUAAAGCAGGGCUGGGCUCGCGUAAUACGUGUGAAGAGUGUGAAUCGGGAAAACUCAUGAAAUACAGUCGUGAUUUCUGAAUUAUAUAUUCACUGUGACGCGUGAACCGUCUCACAUUGUAGUUCCGUGAAUCGAGAAUUUCUACCGAUAAAACAGAUGUAAGUGUUGUGACAAGGGUUCGAAGUUAAACGAAACCAUGUGAAAGUGAAAAAUAGGUCCCCAUUGAGUACAUGUGUCUAGUGCGAAUUUAUUUCAUUGAAAAAUGUGGUCAUGAAUGGAAAGAGGUAGUUUGGUCGGUGCUCUGUUGCCCUUGUUGGAAUGCCCUGUUUUCUGUUUUCAAGGACAAGUAGUAAAGUAGUGUAUAGCUUAUAGGAUUAUCAUUGCUCUUACGUCAAAAAUUGAGAUUACAUAAAGUACGUACUUAAAUCAAUUUUCUACACUCUCACAUAGUGUCUAUGUGCUUCGCACUAGACACCAGAAUUGUAGAGCUUCGAUUUUAUAGCAAUAAAAUUCAUUGGCAGUCAAAUUUGUAGUGGUCAAACAAAAGCAGAGGAUCACCAGUUUGAUUUGCACCAUACUUUUUUUUUCCUUCCCAUCACAGGGUCAUUUAAGACUAACUCUUGCCUAGUAUAAUAGUCCAGAAACCACUAAGAAUCGUUGAUGGACUUGAUCAGUUCGGCACUCCAAAAGGUGAUUCGUGAAUGUACAGAAAUUUAACCCGUGAUUCGUGAUCCAAACCCCCUCUUCCAGACCCUGAUAAAGGAAGCUGCAUCUUUCACUUCCUUUUGCUGUUUGAUAGCCUCCUUUUCUUAGCCUCUUUUAAUUUUGCUGCCAGAGUGUAGCAAAAGACUUUUUUAUAGUCGCUACAAAAGCUUCCUAUAGAUGGACAAAAACUCAGUGUUCAGGGAGAUAAAAAUUAAAUAAAUAGCAAUACGCUGUAUAUAAUGGUUAAUCUUGUAAUGAAAAUAAGCAUGAUCAGUCACACAACGUGCAUCAGACUCCAGGUACUGUAUAAUUUGUAUAAAAUGCAUGUACCGAGCAGGGUGCAAAGAAAAUCAUUUUAAUUUACAGCUUGCCAUUCGGGCAAGCAGAAGCCAGCAUUUACUAGCCCAGACGUCAUUUCAACUAGCCCCAAAACCUUUUGACUAGCAGAAUUGAUUUCACAGUUCUUCUGUUAUUUGAAUUCCUCAAAAAACAUCACUUGCCCAAUGGGCAAGUUAAAAACAGAAUUCACUAGCCCGAUAGCAAAAUCCGCUAGCCCUGGGCUAUCGGUCACUACUUUCUUUGCACGCUGAGCGAGGAAGAGAAAAAUAUGUGCACAGUUUCAUAUGAAACCUGAUGAUUUUUCUGGAAUUGGUGAAAUAUCUCUGUGCUGGUAACUGGUUGAAACAAAUUUGCCAUUUUUCGAUUCAACACUCAUGAACACUUUGUUUAUUUCAAGGUAUUCUUUAAUGGUGAGUGACCACAAAACUCUAAGCAAGACCAAAUUUACAUCUGGAUGUGAUAGCGUUCAAGAAAUCUGAGCAGAUGCUGUAAUUGGCAAAAUUAUUUUCAUUUGUAAGCUAAUUGAUAGUCUAUAAAAUGUCACAUUUUCAGUUUUCUUUAUCAAGUAAUGUGAGGUUUAAGCCUUGUUGGGAUUUCACUUCAGUACUUUGAAAAUAUUGGUUUCCAUAAUAACUUAGCAUGACCAGCCAGCCAAGUAUAACAACAUUGGUUAACACAAGGGUGCAUUUCAAGAUUAUUCACCACUAUAGUGAGUGCAAUAAUAAUAUUGCACUCACUAUAGUGGUGAAUAAUUCACCACUAUAGUGAGUGCAAUUGUCUUCUUAUUGUCCAAUGUGAGUCCUACUAAAGGAUUAAUCAAAUUUUGUACAGUGUACAUGUAGGUUGAAAUUGUUAAAUAUCCCCUUGAACUAAUCUCAGGAGUCCAGUGACACAGUUGUAAAGGCUUUAUUUAGCUUCCAUUAGCUAUGGCUUCGAUUUUAAAGACAACUCAAUCAUCCGACACUGAGCUACUUGCAUUGUUCAUUGUUCCUGUGCUUACUCAAUCAACGGUAAUCACUCUUAAUUAACAUAACACAACAUAACAUUACAUAAUGUAACAGAAAGCCUACAACAGCAUGAUUCAUCAGGGACCUUUAGAUCUGAGGAUGGGCAUGGAAAGUAGGUGCAAAAAAAAUAAUAUAUUGCAAUUUUUUUUAAAACUUUCUUUUCCUUUUGUGUACUUACUCAUACACAGGGAGGGGAAUUUUCCUGGAGAUAGCAAGCAGAUUACAUACCGUGAACUUCUCUCAGAAGUCUGCAAGUUUGCAAAUGUGUUGAAAGACAAAGGUGAUAUUUUUGUCAAGUUGUGAUGGCUAAGUACACUACAAAUUUGUUUAGAUAUUUUAAAAAAAGCCCAAACAAUAAAAAACGAUAGCAAUAAUGAAGUGAUGGAAAUAUGAAUUUCACAUAUUUGGACUGCAGGAUGAAGAAAUAAUGUAGAGAAGAUCAUCACAGUUAAAUAUGCCACUUACAGUAUUCAGUUGCAAAAAGAUAGCCUGAAAAGAUUCAGGCUGAGGCUUGUCAGGAAUCAAACCCUAACCUCUGCAAUACUGGUGCAGCGCUCUAACCAAUUGAGUUAGUAGACCAUCUGGGUGCUGGUCAUUGAAUUGGUUUGUACAUGUAAAUACCUGUGAAAGAUGAAGAUGAAAUGAUGAGUAUAUGAAUGCCAUAUACAAGUACAUGCAUUGAACUGCAGGAUGAAGAAAUAGACGCAGAGAAUCAAAGAUCAUCGCAGUUAAGUGCACAACUUAUGCAGAGGUGCCUCAAUUUCUUUUUGCAACUGCAUACAGUAUGUUGCAUAAGGUGUUUCCUGCUGCCAUUAUUUAAUAAUACACUGUAUGGUAAAUGGCAAAGAGUUCAUUUUCUGCCCUUCUUUUAAAGAUGGUGGUGACAAAAUCUGGAUCAGAUCAAGUCCUGACGUAACUUAUAUCCCUAACCUUUGUCAUUUAGUGACUUGAUUCAGGUUAUGUUUGCACUUUAUGAAGUAAUUAUAGUCAUCGUGUACACCUUUAUAGGCAUCAAGAAAGGUGAUCGUAUAGCAAUUUAUAUGCCAAUGAUCAAUGAGUUAGUGGUUGCCAUGUUGGCUUGUGCACGAAUAGGAGCUGUCCACUCUAUUGUGGUGAGUAGGUAAUGCUAUUAUUCAACUAGCCUGCGCGCAGACGAAAUUAAACUCUGGUUAACUCCGUCUGCAAAACAGCGCCGAAAUCCUUGUUCUGGACUUCCAGCUGUGUACCCAGAUUUGAGUACGCACCACGAUUGGCCAGUUAAAAAAGACCUUUGUUUUGUUUGUCGCAAGACCGGUAAUAGCCAAUCAGGUUGAAGGGAAAUUCGAAACGCACUUCCGGUAAUUCGUUGAGUCUGUUGGGGGUCCAGAACAAGGAUCUCUUCGCUGCUUCGCAGACGGUACUAAUCAGAGUUUAGUUAUUGUCUGCACGCAGGCUAUUAUUCAACAGGAAAAAGUACAGUUGUAAUUAUGUUAAUGUACACAGAAAAUGUGUAUGCAUAAAAAUCUGAGGUGCAAGAUAUUUUCAUUAUUGUUUUCUUACAGCACAACUUUUUUUGAAACAUGUGUAUGUUCGAAAAAGGUUCAAAAAUAGGUUUGCUUGAUAACAUUUGGCAUACACUGUAAUCUAUGACCAGUUAUCAGUAAUUGAUUAUUAAAAAAAAUAAAAUGGCUAAAGAAUAGCUAAAAAUACAAAUGUAUAUUGCUGUCCACAGUAAAGUGAAUUACAAAUUCCAUUUACUCUGCAAAUCAACCUUUACAUCCAAUUAUUAAUAACCUAGGUUGAAAAAUAUAUACCUGGUUGAAAUUAAACUGUUAAAAGACAUAUGACACAUAUCAUACAGACACAUACAAAAUUUAAUGGUCUUUUUUUCUUUAUUUUCUUAGUUUGGUGGGUUCUCAGCAGAAUCUCUGGCAGAACGUAUCCUUGAUUCCAAGUGUAGAAUUCUAAUCACAGCAGGUAAAUUAUAGUAAGUAAAUUGUAAUACUCCUUUAUUGUUGUUUAUAAUGCACUUAUCAGCGUCCAACCUAGGGGUUGACCCCUGGGAACCCCUGGGCAUUUUUACAGAUCAACAUUCACUAAUCAACCUCUCCACAGUUUACCAAAAAAGGUUACCAUUAGCUCCUCCCCCUGAGGCAACAGUUGGUUCAGAUGGAACCUUAGGUCACAAAGUGCAGUAUUUCAAGGUACUUCCAAACUGCAAUAAAAUUUUCAUGUUGCCUUGCCCAGGGAUGUCCCCAGGGUCUCCCCACAGCUGAGAAAUGCAUACUGUCACAGCUGCUGGCAUCACCAUAUUUAUCAGGGAAAAGCCAUUCAGUGGCAAGAAACUUUAUGAAACUGCUAGCAGCAACAGUACAUAACAGUGAAUUCAACCUUCCACUAGCACAGUGAAAAUUACCCUUUUACCCUUUUUUAGUUUUCUUAGUUUGGCAGCAAUGAUAUAUCUCAUGCCAUAAUUAUAAAACAUUAACUGUUCUAAAAACAGUAAUGUGCCACAUAAUUGAAUUUUUGGCCGCAUGUACCUAGUAAAUAAGACCACCAUUAAGUAGUGGUGUGCCGUUGAUUAUAAUCGAUCAUUGAUUCAAAAUCUUUAAGCGAUGUGACAAUCGAUUGUGGAUGAUGACAAUCGAUUAUCGUGGACAAAAAGUUAUUCAAUGUUGAAAUGUUGAAUGGUUCUGUUGAAGACAAUGAUUUAGUACAUGUAUGUAAACUGAGUGUAAACUGUAAAUUCCCAUCAAUUGCAGAUUAAAUAAACUACCAGGCGUGGGGAAUGCAAUUUCUAAAUUCUGUUGAGAAGAAAUCAGUUAGUUAACUAAUGUUAAUAAUAAUUACAAUAAUAAUUAUAAUAAUAAGCGGAGUGGAUGCAGAAGUCAGUCAUCUCAAACACUUUUAGCAUUGCCAGAACAUUUAAGAUAAAUACUUAGUUAGGGUACUAAGGAUACCAGAUUUUAGUUUAUUUUUUUUUUCUCUAGAAAUCCAGGAACACAAGUUUACUGAAUCAGAUGUUUUUACUUAGAUUUUAUAGACUAUUAGAGUUUGAUAUUAUUCUAAAAUAUGCCUUUAGCAGAGCUAACCACAUUAUUAUGGCCUCAUUUAGGUAUAUAAGAGAUAAUGAGAGUAUAAAAACUGAAUAAUUUUCUAAAUAGGCCUCUAGUAGAGAUAAUAAUAAAUCAUCAUGUCUUUGCGUGGGUUUUACAGAGUAUUGUAUUCUAAAUUGGCUUUUUAAGUAGAGAGAUUCAUAUCAUUAUGUAUAUUAGGAUUGUAUUAGGUUUUGUACCGACCUUUUUUUACUUCUAAGUAUAGCUUCUCAAGUGGUGUAGGUUACGUUAUGUGCCCUAUACUACUCAUAAUGUGGACAGCAUUCCAAAGUUUUAUACUGCGAGAUACAUGUAACAAUAAAAUAAAACCACUGUGAUUUGUACACAGGUGAAACAGACAUGUUUUUUUUUAACAAUACAGUAGAUUUUUAAAAUUUUCCGAUUAUAAUCAAUGAUCAAUCAGUUGGGUGAAUCCCAAUAUUUCCAAUGAUCGAAGAUAAAAUCUCAGCCGAUUCCUAUCACUACCAUUAAGUAAAAAUGGUCCUUUCUUGUAAAGUCAGCUUUCCCUGACUCUGUUCAAAUGGUGAAGUCAUGUUCAUGUAUGCUUAUUUUCAGAUGGUUCCUAUAGAGGUAAAAAGCUUAUAAAUCUGAAAGAAAUUUCCGAUGAAGCCAUAGGGAUGUGCAAAGAAGAGUGAGUACUGAUUGUUAAUACUCAUCAAUGGAGGGGAUGGUUUAUGGUGCUGUAAAUCCUACAGUUAUUGUGAUGUUGAGUUGCUUGUUAAAAAGAUUCUGAUCCACAGCAAUAUAAUGCGCAAGGCUUCAACUAGGAAAGAAUUGAUGCAUAAAUGUGAGUUCAAGACUCAUCAGAAAUAUUAAUUUGUGACAUGUGACAAUUGGAGCCAAAUUUCCAGGGCCAACUAUAAUUUUAGAUAUACUAUCCUUUAGUUACAGUGUAUGAGAACUUAAGAAAACAAUUGUGAAUAAUUUAUGUCUCUAAUGGAAUGAUGCAUCAAUUGAGAACUUCUUAUCAUGCCUCAUCUUUACCUUUAUGUUUUAAUACCUACUUUCUUUAAUCAUUUCCUUUAAAAUUUUCUUAUUUACACACUUUGUCUUGUUUAUUUAUUUGCAUUUUUUUCAGAGGAUUUGUUGUUGAAAGCUGCAUUGUUGUUCAGCAUGUUAGUAGAGGAGCAGAUAAUGGAAAUUCUGAUCCACCUGUGGCCAAGAGACCCUGUCCUGAAGUUCCGGUAAAUGCUGUUAAUCAUACAACAAAAUUAUGAUUCAUAAUCUUACAAGUAACCUUUACAAUCUACCAGUAAUAAAACUAACAGUCUCCAGGUAUUAUAACUCAGGUGAUCCGAGUUAAGCAGGAGUGUAUUAUCAGGUUUAAAAACUCGAGGCAAUGCCUAGAGUUUUUACCUCAUAAAUAUAAGUGAGUGCAAGUUUUUUUAACAGCUUCAAAAACUCUGAUAUUCAUGUAGAUCACCUCAUUCUUGCACUGAUAAAUAUUAUUUAGAUUUGGGGUUACAUGUAUUUUGGUCUAAAAAAUUGGAUGUAAAGUUUAGGCGUGUGUCUUUAUCAGGUUUAAAGACACUCAUUAAACAUUACAUUCAAUAACAAUAAGUUUAUUCUAAUUAAAAGUCAAUGUUGAUGGCUUUCCUUUUUUAAAAUAACAAUAAUAAUUGGGUUAUUAAGCAUGCCUUAAUCUUAUUGUACACUUUUUUACACACUUAUGUAUUGGCAUAAAAUGUUGAAGUUGAAGUUAUAAAUGAAGGUGCAAUAUAACAGAAUCCUUGUUAGAGAGCGAGGGGGAGGGGAAGGAAGGUGCUUAUUCGAAAGGGGUGCUUGUUUGAUAGUUUGGCCUAGGGAGUAGCUUUUAAGAGCACUUAUUAGAGUGUGGGUGCUUAUUUGAGGAUAUUCUGUUGAUACUAUGACUAAUAAUAUUAUCUGGUGACAUUUCACAUGCAUCAGCAAAUUUAAUUUUGUAACUGCUCUAUAAUGUAUAUUUUCAGACUCACUUUGAUGAUGUGCAUGGUAUUGAUUGUUGGUGGCAUGAUGUGAUGUCUUCAGUAAGUGAUCAGUGUGAUCCCUGCUGGACUGACGCUGAAGAUCCCUUGUUUAUGCUUUAUACCAGGUAAAAUGAGCUUUACUCUUUCUAUUACUAUUUACUCCUAUUCUCAGUCAUUCUUCCCUCUUCCACCCCAUUAAUAGAACGAAUUACUUGGCACAUAUUAAUAAAUUAUUUAUGCAAUUCAUCCCUUCAUUUGAUAAUGUGCAGUUACAGCUGUAACUGUCAGUAGUCUUUGUGGAGGCAUCAGGUAACCAAGUGGUUAACUUGUAAGAUUAAGGAAUUUGUGGUUCUGGAUUUGAACCUUGUUGUUGCAUUGUUUCCUGAGUAAGAAUUAACUUGUUCUAUUUUGUUUCUCUUUACCCUGUACUUAUGUGCCCUGCAGUAUGCCAUUAGUGUCACUAGGUUUUCACUUGAGAGGUCAUAUGUGUAUGCAAAUUUAUUGGAACGAAAGAAAGUUUUUAAAUGAAAAGUGCAACCUCCGUAUAAGCUGAUUAGUAUGGGACAACUGUAGCUUGUUUGUAUCUCAAACCAACAACUUACUUGCUCCUUUAUUUAUUUUUAACCAGUGGAUCAACUGGGAAACCAAAAGGUGUUCUUCAUACAGUAGGAGGCUACAUGAUUUACACAGCAACCACCUUCAAGUAAGUUUUGUCAUGAAUUAUUGUUCAUGUACAUGAAGCUUUCCAACGGUAACUUGAUUUGGAAAGGCACCCUCUUUUUAUGGACUACAGCUGUAGGUUUGAAAGGGGGUUACUCAAGACAUCACUGUUUUUUUUUUAUGUGGGGUCAGUGGGUCGGUUGAACAAUUCCCUUUUCAAUAGAACAGCUUUGAGGGUAGACGACAAGAGGUUUUAAAUUUAAAGUUUGGUUCUCAUAAUGCCGGCAAAGUACCUGCCGCCUGUACUACCUGCGAUACUACUCCGACAUUGACAUUGAUUUGCAGGUCUUUACUGCCAUUGCGGUCUUUACCGCCGACAUUGCAGGUCUUUACCGCCAGCAAUGCCUGUACAUGUGAAGUCAAACUCAAAUCAACUUUGCAGGCAUGCUGGUGGUACAGUACAGACUGACAUGGCCUCUGUUGCUGGCGACUUCUGCUCUCAUGUUGGAAUGGUGUCGCAAAACUCCAGAAUUUACUAACAAAAUUAUGUAUCUAGCUGUUAAAUUCAGGUUUAAAUUUUUUAGCUUAGGUUGAUUCUCAAAUUCCUUUGUCUUUUAGCCCUUCUUCUUGAAUAAUCAGUGCUAGGAGACAUAGGAAAUUGUUAAUAAACCUAUGUUAAAAAAUUUUGACAUGAACAUACAUAGAUGUCAAGAGAGUGUGUCCCAUAAACCAUGCAUGUAUGCACCCCCUAGUAAUUUUUUAAACGGCUGUUAAAUAUUAGCCGGAUGAACAUCAAACUUGAGACUUGACCUGUUGAAUAUCCCAUAAUACAUGGGACUUGUACCCAGCUCUCCUCAGUUUGAAAUGAAGCAAUAAUUGCAUCUUGUGUUUCUGCAGAUACACAUUUGAUUAUCACCCAGGAGAAGUUUACUGGUGUACAGCUGAUAUCGGCUGGAUCACAGGCCAUAGUUACAUCACUUAUGGCCCAUUAGCAAAUGGUGCAACAAAUGUUCUGGUAUAAAAGUCAAUUCACUUUUGAUUGCAAUAAUCUAUCUUUGACAGUUCCUCAUUAAUAUUGCCUCACACUUGCAAAUUUUAUAGUUCAUCUUAUAGAGAAUUAUUAUACUGUUUUAAACACCCUUUUUUAAUCCAUUUGGUACAGCUUUGUAAUAAUAACUAUUAUUAUAAUGACACUUUAUAAAUAGGAAUGUCACUGAACCCAUGUCUUUUGCAAAGACAAUGUGAUUCACUUUGGGCCGCUGUAUUUUAAAUAUAGUUUUUUUUCUUUUUGUAAGGGUUCAUAACAUUUGUUGACCAGGUCACCAUUAGGACAGACCAGAACACCUUACAGUUCUACAUUUGAUAUUACACGUAUAUGUGCUUCAGAUUAUCAGCUUUGAAAUAAUACAGUAAUAGCCAGUCAGCACAGUUAUGUAUUGUUAGUAAUGAUCUGUACAGUAAUCUGUACAGUAAUGAUUUGUCUAGUUACCACAUUCAACUGCAAUUAUUAAGAUUAACUUCAACAUGGACAAAUUUUAGUCAGACAUGCAGUACCUAUAUCGUCCAAUAACAACUUUCAUUAAUUUUGCAGCACUGAAUGCAUAGGCAAUAGUGCAAUAGUUUUUUUUUUUUUACCUUGACUCAAUUUUUUGUUGAUUAUAGUUUGAGGGAACUCCUUUUUACCCUGAUUCUGGGCGCUUUUGGGAUGUUGUUGACAAAUACAAUGUCUCCAAGUUUUACACAGCUCCAACAGCCAUUAGAGCUCUCAUGAAGUUCGGAAAGUCUGUAGUAAAGAAGUAAGUUAACACUCACUUGAAAAAUGGAUACGCAAAGAACUGAUAAUGGUGUCCAGCAGUGUGCAAAGAAAGUACUGUCUGAUAGCCAGGGGCUAGUGGAUUUUGGUAUCGGGCUAGUGAAUUCUGUUUUUAACUUGCCCGACGGGCAAGUGAUGCUUUAUGAGGAAUUUGAAUAACAGAAGAACAAAAAGUUUUUGGGACUAGUUGAAAUGACGUCUGGGCUAGUAUAAAAAUGCUAGCUUCAGCUUGCCCGAAUAGCAAGCUGUAAAAAUGAUUUUCUUUGCACCCUGAAUCAGGCUAUGCUCACAAAUGUAUGCAGUUUUUUUUUUAUGCCAGUGAUGUCAAUAAGUUAUUAAAGCAGCCAUGCUGAGAAUUGAAUAAAACUGGUUAUCAAAAACUGGCAAGUGAAGAAAUACAUAAAAAAAUCUCAUCUAGGAAACAGUAAAAUAAUAAAAGGGUGCUUGAAAUAAGACUCCAAGUGUCUUCUGAUCCAUAUUAUUUUUUAAAUAUCUAACUCUCUGUUUGAUUCACAAGCAUAUACUAUGCAAGCUGUAAGCAGAAACUACCAGUUAAUCAAAAUACAUGUAGUCUGACUAGAGGAAGGAGUGCAAGCUCAUUUUCCCAAACAGAGACUGGUAAACAAGUCUAUAGCUACAGAUACACUGUAUCUAAGUAAACAGGGUUUUUUUGGCCAGUUAUUUUAAUAUGAAGGAUCACAGAUAGCAAAAAUAUUUCGUUAACUGCAUAAACACUAAUCAUCCACUAUUUUCACUGUCAGAACAACCACUUACUGUCUUCACGAAACUAAGUUAUGAGAAGGGAGAUUUUGCAAAGGCCCAGGGUCGUAAGACAGAGAGAGGAGAGGGGGAUAUGUGUUGCUGAAGGGGAGGUGGAAGGGUAAAAAAUAACCCGUCUAAGAAUGGCGAUAUUUGGUAAAAGCAACCCGCAUGUAAAUCAUAGGAUAACACUUGUUAAAAUGGGCAAAAGGACUCCCCUGAGACUUCAAGACGAUCGCCUGUAAUGCCCUGGGGUGUUACAAGGAUGCCAGCAUUGCAUACAGGCAAAAUCCAUGGUUAUUGUAACAGUGAAAAUGAGAACAUUAACACCAUGCAAUGCAGUUAACUCUUGUUUUAAUUAUUUUGCAGGUCCAGUCGUAAGUCCCUGAAAGUACUAGGAACUGUAGGAGAGCCAAUAAAUCCUGAAGCUUGGCUUUGGUAUUACCAUACAGUGGGUGAUGCACAAUGCGCCAUUGUGGAUACUUACUGGCAGACAGAAACUGUGAGUAAACCAUGCUGGCAAGGUUGGGAAUCGCUGUCAAAAUGUUGGCUGUUGCUUUUGUGUACUGGUAUUUUGACACAAAGCAAAAGCUAAAUUCUAGACAGCUUCUACUUAGACACUUUCUAGAAAGAAUGGACUCUCUGUAUAGCUGUAAGUAGCUUUUUUUUUUAGCAGAAUCGCUACUUGUAGAUGCAUUUACAUGUAACACAGGGAUAAAGUUAUUGCAAGUUAUAAUAUUAUUAUUGUUGUAUCAUUAUAAAUUUACCAAACUUCUGGUCAAUUUUUAGCUCGUACUGUACCCUGCUUUCCAGGAAAAUUGGUAUUAAAAAAGUACACUAUUGCUGAUACAAUGACAGAAAGUUUAUUCAGUCUGCCCAUAUCUUUUUUUUCUCUUUAUCAAAGCACUGGAGGAAUUGAGUUAAAUGUGUGUGUUAAUGAAAAUUCAUUUUUAUAUAAAAGGAAUGGGCACCCAGGCUAGGACUGGCCCUGAAAGAGACUAAAGCUUUCUGUAAUUUGAAAGUAACCUAUUAAGUAAACAGAAAGCUUAUUGAAUAACCAGGCCUCACAAGUGGCUGAUCACAAAUUAAGUGAAAAUUCCAUCAAGCAACCUAGCAGGCAACUACUAUAGAAGCCCUAACAUUAGUUCCUUUCAAGUAAAUGCUUUCAGGAGACUUUUAAACUCUUAUUGUGGAGUAUUGAUGUUAAUAUGCUCUGUUUGUUGUAGGGUGGUCAUGUGAUUACAUCACUUCCAGGAGCUACCCCCAUGCGACCAGGAGCAGCAGUAAGUUUUGUUCAUCCUGAUCAGCUGAGUUGGAAUUAUGGCAAAGUUUAUUCUUAACGUUUUGAACGACCUUAAUUAGCUCUGUUAUAGCAUUUCUUGUGUAGACUGUGCUUAAGCAAAAUAAAAAAAGACGAGACCUCAUUCCUGCAGCCUUACCCUGCUAGCAGAGUUGCUUCGAUCUUUCCUAGAUAAGUCGGGAAAGAGGAAGCGAUCCCCUUCCCGACUUAUCUAGGAAGAUCGAAGGAGACUCUGUUCACAGGGUACUGCAGCCUUGAAGCAUCUGCAGACUUGUCAAGCAAGUGUAGUGGGGUUCCACCCAUCGGCAUGUGUAGGGCACGGGCAUGUGUGGAGCACCAGCCACGAGCAAGAAAAAAGCUGGUUACCAGUAUGUGUCCAUCCGAGAAAUUCUGAUAAUUACAUAAUUGUCCAUGUACAACAAUUCACCCUCUUUGUGUACACCAAUGUACAUCCUUUUAUCAAAGUGAUUAACAAUAAUUUUUUAUGCAUCUUCCAAUUAAGUCAUAGUGGGACAACUGCUGACUUGUAUCACAUGACAGUAUUGUAGGUUCAGAUCCAUGACCCUCUGAGGUCAUCAAUAUUCUGGAAGUUGUUUGAUGACCAGUUUAUGCACUAGAUCACUUGCUCAGGUUUUUUUGUCAGAAGUAUUUAGCUCAAUUUCUAAGUAAUGUUUUGAAGUUAAUUAUUGUUUCAAGUAAACAGUUAACUAUGUAAUAAAAGCUCUGCUUAACUUAUAGCUAAAUCUGUGUAAUAGUGCAACCAAGGUCAUGUGCCACACACUUUUUUACGUACAUUGUGGUCCUUUAUUGGUUAUAUAAGUUUUGAAGUAUGUUCUAAAUUAUUAUUUUAUCUAUAAUUACUGACAACUUGUUAUUAUUCUCUUAAUUAGUCAUUUCCAUUUUUUGGUGUUGUGCCGGCAAUUGUUGAUGAACAUGGAAAUGAACUUGAAGGACCAUGUGAAGGAUUUCUGGUGAGUGUGACAUAUCAUACCUUAUAGGGAUUGUCUUUUUUUGAAAACUACGUAUAAAAACAUUGGGGAAAAUGUCUUUACAGUAAAUAUUAUGUCUGGAAAAAAAUGGCAAUGGAGUUUUUCUUAAUGACGUUUCAGCGUGCAGGGCUUUGCACUAGUGGUGCCAGGUGACCCUUUUCAUGUAACUUUUAGAUAAGAUAAGAUAAAGACUUUAUUUAACGAUGGUUGCCACUAAAUAGCCAGAGCUAAUAAUCUUAUGGCCUUCUAAAAUAGCAAUUAAACUAUAAUGAAAAAACAAUAUUAUUAAAUAGGUAAUACUAAACUAUAUAAAAUAGAAGAUACAGCUAAAUAAUUUAAAUACUAUAGAUACUAAGUACUAAACUAUAAUUAUUAAAAAAAAAAUGCAACAUAUAGCUUUAUGGUCUCUCAAGCGACGUUGAAAUCUUAUGUUUUGCAUGGAUAGCAUUAUUAUGUUUUUAGUAUCCUGGAUUUCACAGGUCCAGAGCAUUUUUUUUUUCGAGCACACCCUUGCAAGUGAUUAAUUGCCAAGUGAAUUAAUUUUAAUCUCAUCUACAGCCUUAAACAUUGAAUUGCAGAAAGUUCAGAACUCCUUUAUGUCAGCUUUGCACUGUGAUUACUGUAAGUUAGACAAGACGAUGUUACAUUAUUCCAUGACAUUUUAAACCCCCAUUUAAUUGUUAUAAUUAAUGUUGAAGGUGAUGAAACAGCCCUGGCCGGGCAUUGCAAGAACUAUCUAUGGUGACCAUGAGAGAUUUGAAAGGGUGUACUUUUCUAAAUUCCCCGGAUACUACACAACGGGAGAUGGUGAGUAAUUAAUUUCCUGUACAUGUGUUUGUACAGAUAUCUCUAGUUGCAUAUGGACUAGGAAAAAAAAUUCUGAAAACGCUUACAUGAUCUGCAGGGCUCAAAAUAACGGCCGGUCAACGGACAAUGUCCGGUCUGAUCGUGGGCUUGACCGGUCAAACUCUCGUCUGGCCGGUCAUUUUGACCGGUCAUUUUUGGAUGCUUGUCGCUUAAUGCGUUUUGCUCUAUAACGCUGUAAUUCGCUGCUUUCUUUGUCUUUUUUUGCUGCUUUGCAAUAUAUAUAAUAAUAUUUAUAAUAAUUUCUUUAUGUCGAACAUGAUCUCGUUUGCAGACUCGAUUCCAGAAUUGUCUGAUAAAAACUAAGCUAAUCGAGAACGAACGUCGCCUAUCUCGGCGCUUAAAAUCCUCCUUCUUGAUAAGCCGUUCGCGAUUAAGUGUUGCGCGACGACCCAAACGAAAGCUCUGUUGUAUAUUUAUUGACUUCUGAUGACGAAUACGCUGUUUGUGGAACAAAUUUCUUGCCGAAUCAACUUCCUUGCCGCAAAUAUUUAGUGACGAAAUUCUUCUUUGUAGAGGAGACUUUCGAUCACGUGCCGGGCAACGAAAAGGAUCAAGUUUCACCGAUAUGCAGAUAUAGGACGAACCUUGGAGACUUCCGACACCGCCGUACGAUGAUACUGAAGGUAUAUAUAAACGGACAUAAAACGGGCGAAAAUCGCGGAAAAGAACUCAACAACGUGUGAAUGAAUUUUUCACCAACUUGCCGGCAAAAACCUGAACGACAAUGCCGUACAGCGAUCUACUGCCAGCGUAAUUCGAUAUUCCAUCGGCAAAAAAAUAAUUAUAAUAUUCAUUAAUUUGAACGGCCAAAAUCGGGGUUUGUCCGGGCUAAAAAAUAUUUGGCCGGUCAUCAUGACCGGCGACCUGCUGUCCGUUAUUUUGAGCCUUGAUCUGUAAAUAACAUUCUUGGCAAUGUGGAAAAAUACUUUUUUCAGUAUCUUUAGUGACGUACAACUGUAAGGAACUCAUUGCCUUACGUUUUCCCCAUGUUUUAUUAAUUUUAUUGUGCGGCCAUUUUAGAGCGAAACCUUCAUCAUAAUUAUGAUGUUCAGAGAGAACAAUGGUAUUCACGUAUAUGGAAUUGCUCUGAAUUGACCAAAACUGCUAAAAACACACAGUAUAAAGAAAUGGCCACAAGAUAUGGCAUUCUGCUUAAUUUUUAUUUCCAUGCAUUGACUCCUAUUUUGCAAAAUUAUAAAAAUCCCAUACGUGUUCAUUAAACCUUUCACUUGAUAAUUAAUAUGCAUCAAGGGUUCUUCCUUGUGAGCUUAAGCUCCUGUGUUCGCAUGCCACUGAUUGCUGUACAUUUUCUUGUUGAAGGUUGUAAGCGGGACAGUAAUGGUUAUUAUUGGAUAACGGGUAGAACUGAUGACUGUAUGAACGUGUCAGGUCACUUGCUGAGUACAGCGCAGGUUGAGAGUGCCUUGGUGGAGCAUGAUGCAGUCACCGAGGCUGCUGUUGUAAGUUUGAAACCUUGCUUAAAGGAGCUGUGUCGUAAAUUCAAUCUAAAUUCAAACAGUAGGAGCUGCCACUAAAUUGAGUGAAAGUUAAAAUUAAAUACUCAAAAUAUUAAAGAAAGUUACAAAAGAAGGCACAGAUGGACAAACUUGAAGAACCUUGAAACGGAUUGCGACAGUGUGGUUAUAAGUCCCCUUGGUGUCCGCAUGAACAGUGUUUCACAGUAAUAUAUUUUGUUUCUUAUUAUGAUUCUAAAGCUAUAGACAUUGUCGCUAUCAUAUUAAGUUUUAAGCUGCUUUUUUUAAAUUAAAAAAGCAAAAUAAUACACCUACACAUUUAAACAAAGGAUAACAAAUUAACUUAAAUUGUAAACACAAAAUCCAUUUUUGUUUCGUUUUUUAAACUAAACACAUUUGUUUGUUUGUUUGUUUGUUUUUUUUCACUAGGUGUCUUGUCCUCACAAAGAAAAAGGGGAAGGAAUAUACUGUUUCACUACCCUGAUGGAGGUAAUGUAGAAUCGUACACAUGUUGAUAGUUUUUUUGCGCUAGGCAUUGAAACUGUUGGUACCUUUCCACCACAGACUGAACAGGGGCGGAUCUAAGGGGAGGGUGCGGGGUGCGCCCCCUCCCCUUCCCCCUGAGAUGACCUGCGGCUUUCUAACACAACUGGUAUUAAAAUUUAUCUUUGUCACUGGGCAGUUACGGCAUUCCUUAGUGGAGCACCCCUCCUAAAAAAAAAAUCCGUGAUCCGCCCCUGCUGAAGGUGGAUAGGUAACUAAGCACGGAUCGUGUCUUAUUACCCCACUCCCCCAAGCAAAUUUUGCUUUAGGCUCCUUGCUUCGUCAGCGCCACAGGCGGAAAUUAAAGUUUAUAUGCUUGGAGUUAAGAAAAACGGGGUCUUGUGAUAGCAGCCGUGAGUAGAGCUGUCCGCCUACAAGAGUGACCGUUAGGAGAGCUUCCCCUGUAUUUUCUAAAAUCAACACAAUUAGCAUUGUCAUUCAAUGUUUAGGGUAACUGUAUACCUUGAACGUCCUGCAAAAUCCAAUAAUUAUGUGGUUAUGUAUUUUCUGUAGGGAGUGGAAUUUAAUGAACAGCUGAAAAAUGAACUCAAGCAAAAAGGUAAUAACUUACAAAAAUGUUUACAUUGAUUGUUGAUUUACUGUGUUCCACUGAGCUUAUUAACAUCACCAAAAACGUUCUCAACAAAAUGAAUUAAUGCAUUGAAGAGUGAAUGUUUACCAGUGAAGGGGAAGUUGAAAAGAUCUUACUAGAAGUCACUUGGGAACAAUGGUCAAGGAUAUAUCUUAAUCUCUUUGACGUUCAGCUUGUGACUACAUACUCGUUUAUUUUAAAUGGCACAGAAACCACAACGAAAACCCAGUGAGGGUCAGCCGGACCUGGAUCAGUAAAAUCUUUAACACCAAAUUUUAAAGUUAAAACAGUUAACUGAUCCUUACGGUAGAAAGAGUGAUAGAACAAAUAGAGGUGAGCCUCACGUGCCUUUCUGUACAGAGUCAAGGUUACUACGGAUUAGUUGUAAGAUAACAAGAAGGACGUCGUUGAUGGAGUGAUCGGCUUGAUUAAAAUGUUUAGAGACAGGAGUAGGAUUAGUAAGGUGGCCAGAGUUAAGGAUAGAGCGGCGAUCUUCUCCAAGAGUCAGUCGUGGAGCCUGUUGGCGCUUGGUCUCUGCAAUGUAUUGUUUGCCGCAUCGCUAAUUGGUCCCAGUCAUAAGUUGAAAAUGCCUGGAAAGGGUCGAUCAAAUGUACUUUCUCCUUACUAAUCUAGACAAGUUCUUUCAAAUAAAAAUUACACUGUUACAUUUUUAGUCACCAUAAAAUAUUAUUUUGUACCAGUAAAUAAAUGUUGGUACCGCUACAUACGUUUACACCCUGUAAAAGUAUUCUUAUGUUUUCUCUCAUUUCAGUUCGCACCAAAAUCGGACCAUUUGCAACCCCUGACAUCAUUCAGAAUGCCCCCGGGCUUCCUAAGACUCGUUCUGGGAAGAUCAUGAGACGAGUUUUGCGGCAUGUUGCAAAGAAUGACAAGAAUAUUGGUGACACUACAACAAUGGCUGAUUCCUCUGUGGUGGACACUUUGUUUGAAAAUAGGCCGAAUGUUAACUUUCUCCCUGACUAGUGUCUGAUUCAGUGAUACAAAGCUUAGUUGUUUAAAAUCCUUUUCCACAUUAUCAAGGAACAUGUCAACUACACCGGCCUGUGCUAAUUCCUCUUAGCAGUAGAGGAAAACGUGUGAAACGUCUGCACCAGGGACUGAUUGGGUGUUCUGUGACCAAGUCAAUGAAGGGAUUAGUUUCUCGGAUUUCAAGAUAACUAAUGUGGUUUUGUUAUGUUCAGUGUUUUGUGGACGGGAUGCUGUAUAAUUAGACUGCUUGCAGUCUGCCCUUUCUCUUGAAAUCCGUCUAGUUCUCAUCCCAGGCAACGCGAUUGCAAACAACGACGUUACAAAAAGGGAUUUUGAAAAUUGAAGAGAAAAAUAAGAGACGGCUCACAGUCUAAACCCUAGGCUUGUAAAAUCAUCAUUUGGUAUCUGUUUUUAGGUCAUUUUUUCUUACUUCUUAUUUUUGUGGGAACAUGGGGUGGGAUGUUUGGAGGAAAGUUUGCAUUUUUAAGUGUGCUGGGUUUAUAUUUAAUGUUACUUUGCCCAUCAAGGCUUAGUUUAGGGAAGGAGCAUUGAAAGUUAUGCAUGCCUGCAUGAGAGUUGAAAGAAUUAUACUUUAGCAAUGGGCAUAAAUUUGUGGAGAGGGAGGGUUGUUUUAUACUUGUCUGAUAGCCAUUC